UAUAUGGGGUCCGUUUGUCUGCAAUGGCGCAACCCUUGUUCGUUUUCUAUAACGCAGGGUAAAUAAUGAUCGGCUGGGUACGACAGUUUCGAAAGAACCUAAGAUAUUCGGAACCGACAAAGAAACAAUUUUUUGCACGUUCUUUGUCGAUCCCCAAGCAACGGCUACUUUAGACUGACAGUAACGCUAAUCAUCCUACUCAAACGUGGUGACUUCCGGUGACAUGUACGGCUUCCGGUUGCGGGUGAUCACUGCGGUGAUCGCGGUAUUAAGUACCGUGAUCGAUGUAAUUAGUGGUCAGUGUCGAUGCUUGCCCGGAAAUAGCUGCUGGCCGGCAGAGGCCGAUUGGGAUCGGCUCAAUGCGACGCUGUAUGGUCAGCUUAUCGUUCCAAGACCCACCGGAUAUCCGUGUUAUGCUGGAGCCGGUUUCAACGCCACCGCCUGUCAAGCAGUCCAACAGAAUUUCGCCAACCCAUCCUUCGUGGUCAAUAAUGCCGGCAGCAUGCAGGCCACCAAUUGGGAGGAGAUCGGGCAGGCGCGCUGCACCUUCCAGGAAGCUUCCUCACCCAGUGCCGUCUGCCAGGCCGGUCGCGUGUCUUCCUACGGGGUGGUGGCCAGCUCCGUCGCCGAUAUCCAGAACGCCAUCGCCUUCGCCCACCAGUACAAUCUCCGCGUGGUCAUCAAGUCCACCGGACACGACUACCAGGGCCGCAGCGCCGCACCCGGGUCUUUAUUGAUCUGGAUGCAUAAACUGGCCAAUAUCGAGACGAAGACAGCGUUCACGCCCAACGGCUGCGAUGCCAGUCAGGCAUCCGAUGUGCCCGUCGUGACGGUGACCGGCGGAAAAGUCUGGAGCGAAGUGUACAAAAAGGUGGAGGAUGAUUUCAACAGCGGCUACAUCUUAGUCGCCGGUCACUGCACCACCGUGGGCGCGGCCGGCGGCUACGUUCUCGGCGGCGGCCACAGCAUCCUCUCACCCUCAUUCGGCCUGGCCGUCGACAACGCCUUGGAAUUCCAGAUCGUCACCAUCGACGGGGUGCUGCUCACCGCCAAUGCCUGCCAGAACAAGGACCUCUUCUGGGCGCUGCGCGGGGGCGGUGGCGGGACCUUCGGCGUUUUAAUCUCCGUGACAUACAAACUGCACAAAAUCAACGCAGGUUAUACGGCAUACUCCGGCUUGAUCACCAACACAGACGGGUCAGGGUCAUUAAAUGCAACGCAGGUGGAAAAUAUCCUGGAGGUCAUGGCGCGGAGGACGGCGGAUCUGGACGCCGUCGGGUGGGGCGGUUACUUUUAUUUCCAGCCGGCGUUCGGGAUCAGUUUGACCUUUCUGAUUCCGGCUGAUCGAGCGAAUGCGCUGCCGGCCAUGGAUGGGAUUAAGAAUGAGAUCGCUAGUAUGGGAAGCCAGUGGGGCGUGGUCAUUAAUCCGUUUCCCAAUACGACUUUCGCCCAGAACUACACCAAAUUUCAGGAUUGGCGCAACUGGCUGGACUCCACCCUGGUGACCGGCAUCUACAACUCGGGCAGCCGGCUCCUCCCCGGCUCGCGCCUGAUCCCCCAGUCGGCCCUCAGCAACUCCCGCGCCGUCGCCCAAACCCUCCUCGCCGCCAUGAACAAGAACGGCUUCCCCUUCGGCCUCCUCGGGCACCUGGUCUCCGGCACCGGGGUGCGCAACAACCCCCAGGCCAACAGUACCUCCGUGACCCCGGCCUGGCGGAAGUCCGCCUGGCACAUCGUUUUAUACAGCGGCUGGCUGUUUAACUCCACGGAUGAUAUCAUCGCCGGCGCCACCGCCGGGAUUAACUCCGGGAUCCAGGUGCUGAGGGACGCCUACCCGGAUUCGGGAGCGUACGCUAAUGAGGCGUUCAUCCAGGAGCCGAAUUGGCAGCAAGCGUUUUGGGGGGAGAAUUAUAAUAGGUUACUGGGGAUUAAGAAAAGUAUGGAUCCCAGUGGAUUUUUGGUGUGUAAUCAGUGUGUCGGGAGUGAAUUGUGGGAUCAGGCUGGGAACUGUCCGGUGCGCUCCAGUUCAUACUAAACCGACUGCCAAUUUUUUAGGAUAUUUUUUCUGUUUUUUUUUUAACUUUUUCUAGUAAAUAUCUCAAAACCGUGAACUGGAUAAAGUGUGCCGGCAUUAUUCUUAUGCAAUAUGCCGUAACGAGUCGUUCACCCUAAAACGUGUUCUAUUUAACUGAACGAUUUUUUCUGUGCAGUUUAUAUCUUUUUAAUUUCAACUAUUUUUGUCUAAUAAACAUGUAGUAACGGUAAAGAUCAAUUAAAUGGUUUUAUUCCUGCAUAAGCCGAUAAUAUUUGUAUAAUAAUAA